AUGCACUCGCCUGGCCUAUGGGAGGUAACACGAGUUUGCUUUGAAGGUUGUUGUCCGAAUCCUAUUUUCAGAGGACUCGAGCCCAACCAGGCGACCGUCAAGAACAGAAGCACGUCUGCAACUUGUCGUCACGACUUUGCAGCCACGACUAACUCCUCCUUUUUCCCAAAUACUCAGUUCACUAACCAUGAAUCAAUCCCUUCUUUACAAGAAUCUUUUGUUCAGUUCAUUAAAGCUUACCCCAAGUAUUCUGAGACUGCCCAGGUUGAUCAAAUUCGAACUCAAGAAUAUGUUCAUCUCUCAGAAUCCAACCAUGUUUGCCUCGAUUACAUUGGCGUCGGUCUUUUUUCGCAGUCACGGUCACUGUUUCAGUCUCAGUCACAAUACAUCUCGACAAGCACAAUUGCAUCUUCGUCUAAUCCUCCGUCUCAAAAGUCUGAUUGUCCAGUGUUUGGUAUAACUUACAAGUCGGUAAAUCUCAAGUCGCAGCUGCUUCAUGGUGGCGAUGGAUCCAAAUUAGAAUCUGCUCUCAAGAAAAGGAUCAUGGAUUUUCUCAAGAUCUCUCAGAAUGAUUACUCUAUGGUAUUUACUGCCAAUAGGUCAUCAGCUUUCAAACUUGUUGCAGAAUCUUAUCCUUUCCAAUGUAGUCGUAAACUACUUACAGUUUACGACCAUGAGAGCGAGGCUCUGGAGACCAUGAUUAAUACGUCAGAGAAAAGAGGAGCCUAUGUCAUGGCAGCCGAAUUCAAAUGGCCAAGGCUAAGGAUUCACUCAGCAAAAUUGAAGAAAAUGAUUGUAAGGAAGAAGCAGCAGCAGAAACACAGGGGACUAUUUGUGUUUCCUCUUCAGUCGAGAAUAACUGGAACCAGUUAUUCUUAUCAAUGGAUGACUAUGGCAAAGGAAAAUGGUUGGCAUGUCUUGCUUGAUGCCUGUGCAUUGAGACCAAAGGAUAUGGACAGCUUUGGAUUUUCUCUUUUCCACCCCGACUUCCUCAUUUGCUCUUUCUACAAGGUUUUCGGUGAAAAUCCAACUGGUUUCGGAUGCCUUUUUAUCAAGAAAUCAACUGUACCAAAUCUGGAAGCUUCAACAGGGGCUGGAAUUGUAUCCCUUAUACCAGCAAAGCAGUUGCUUCGCUUCCCUGAAGACUCUUCAGGCACAGAUACAGAGCUUGAACUGAUAUCCAAAUUGGGGACAAACCAAGAUAGUAUUGAUAUAUCAAGCUCUUUGUCAAGUCGUAUUACUGAGCAAAACAAACAAAAUGGAAAUUCUAAAGAAGGAGAUCAAAAGGAUGCUGGUUUAAAAGAGAACCGCCUCGAAGAUUCAGAACAAAGGGAAUCGAAUGAGAAGAAUAAAACAGCUGAUGAACAUGGAAGCUUGAAUGUUGAAUGUAGAUGCUUGGAUCAAGUGGAUUCACUGGGACUGAUGGUUAUCAGUAGCAGAGGAAGGUACCUAAUCAAUUGGCUGGUCAGCGCAUUGAUGAGGCUUCAGCAUCCUAAUAGGCUGGACAACGCUUCCCUGGUCACAAUAUAUGGACCAAAGGUAAAAUUUGACCGAGGACCUGCUUUGGCAUUUGAUAUAUAUGACUGGAAAGGGGAAAAAGUUGAACCUGUUCUUGUACAGAAGUUAGCUGAUAGAAAUAACAUUUCUCUUGGCCAUGCGGUUCUCAACCACAUUUGGUUCUCAGAGAAGUAUGAAGAGGAGAAGCAGAGAGUCAUGGAGAGAAACAGCAAAGAGAAAGAAACAACAAGAACCGAGAGUAAAAAAUCUGAACCAGGAAUUACAGUGGUUACAGUUGCACUUACUUUCCUGGCCAAUUUCGAAGAUGUCUAUAGGCUUUGGGCUUUUGUAGCUCAGUUCCUGGAUGCGGACUUUGUGGAAAAGGAGCGAUGGAGAUACACAGCCCUGAAUCAAAAGACAAUUGAAGUGUAA